AUGCUCAACUGGAAGGCUAUCACUACCAUUCUGCUUGAGUUAGGCUUCCCAGAGCCUUUUGUUAAUUGGAUCAUGAUUGGUGUCUCCACUGUCUCUUAUAGGUUCAACAUCAAUGGAGAGCCUUCCAAUAUUAUGAUGGCCAAAAGAGGUAUAAGGCAAGGGGACCCCAUCCCCCCUUACCUUUUUGUGUUGGUCAUGGAAUAUAUGAGCAGGCUUCUCCACAAAAUGCAGUUAAACCAUAACUUUAAUCAUCAUUCCAGAUGUGCAAAGCUGGAUAUAACUCAUCUUGCAUUUGCUGAUGACAUCUUGCUUCUUUCUAGGGGUGAAAGGAGAUCUGUUGAUAUGCUGAUGCAGACUAUGAGUACUUUCUAUAAAUCCACAGGUUUGGUAGUGAAUCCAACAAAAUGGUAUGCUUAUUUUGGUGCAAUUGAAGAGGAUGUUAAGCAGAAUAUUCUAGAGAGUACAGGCUUUAAUGAAGGAAGAGUCCAGUUGGUUAAAUCUGUGUGUACUACUAUUGCAAACUAUUGGUUGCAGUGUUAUCCAAAGAAUCUAUACUGCUUAUCGAAUUUUCAUCUGGACAUGGGAGAGUCUCCCAAUAACAAGAGUACUGUGGCCUGGGCUAAAAUGUGUAAACCCAUCAAGCAUGGAGGAUUGAACAUCCUUAAUUUGGAGGUGUGGAAUCAAAUAACCAUGCUAAAGCUUCUAUGGAAUCUGUGUAAAAAGCAAGAUUAUCUCUGGGUGAAAUGGAUGCAUUCCUACUUCCUAAAAGAGCACAAUUUAAUGAUCAUUGAGGGAAUAAUGCUAGACCGCGGGCUAUCAAUUGUUUAUAGCUGGCUUGUCAUAGACGGUUGGCAACGAAAGAUCGUUUGGCUAAAUGGGGGAUUAUUGAGGAUGUUAAGUGUUGUUUUUGCAAUGAGAAUGAGACCUUGGACCACCUCUUCUUUGUUUGUAACAGGAUAA